CAGAGGGAUAUUCUUAAAAACGAAAUGUCAAAACUUGGGCGGAUUUUAAAUAACAAUUGCUAUUAACUAAUAAUUUUAUAGUUUAGAUUUGUCGUCGUUAUCGCUGCUAUGGAAGAGAUAACACACCGCAGUUAUUGUUAUUUCAUAUACAACGAAAGUUUCUGUUAAAUUACCAUUGUGUAUUAUUACUAAAAAUUAUGGAAUUAACAACAAUUAGCUAUAAUUUUGAGAAAACUGAAGCCUCGAGAUGGAACUCGACGAUACACCAAGUAUCUUUGGAGGACCUCAAAAUGGACUCAAACUUUUUAAUGCUCCUCUUCAGUCUUAUUUUCGCAGUCCUCUGGGUUAUUUACAUUACUUUUUAUAACUCGCGACUUACGGGCUAUAUACUCACUAAAGUUGUAAACAAAUUCGUCGCUGAUGGUUAUUUUAAAAUUGGUUCUUUGAGUGUCAAUGCUCUAUCUGGAAAAAUUAUGUUCCGAGAUUUGAUAUACAUUACCAAUGAUUGCACAAUUCGUGUCCAAGAUGGUUACCUAAUAUUUCGUUGGUGGAGGUCCUAUGUCCCCAGAGAUGUUAGCGAGGAUCUGUCCCACUCAGAUACAAGACUCUCAGUAAUGCUCAAUGGUUUUGAAGUGCAUGUUUAUAACAGAUCAGAUAUGUAUACUAGAUUAGCCAAAAUUUUUGGAUUCGGCCACAAUAUUUUCUGUAACAACACAGACAAAAAAGGACUAGAUGAUAUCGAGAGGAAUGAAAAUGAAAACCAAAUUCAAAAAGCCAAAGAGAAACAGAAAAAACAGAGGCCGGAAGCGGCCAUGGCUAGAACUUGGCGGGACCUGAUCCCAGUGAUUAAAUGCGAUGUGACAUCUAGUCGUUUAGUGUUUGGGAACCGUUUAAUUCCCACCACUCUGAGUAUUACGUUUGAAGAGUCACACUUUGUAUAUUCCACAAAACCUGCCGUGUGUACUCUAGAUAGGUUCAUGCAUUUUGUAAAGUGCAAAGCUGAAAAUGUCAGGGUCAUGUUGGCACCUAGUUUAAAAUAUACAGGUAUGCUGGACGAGCCACCUCGGUAUAUGGGGGAAGGAUUUGUUUUAAUGUCCGCCAAUGACAUGGAACUGUACUUUUACAUGGAUGAACCAGGGUUGGUUCCCGAAGAACCGGUACUGAUUACGCUGGCGAACGGCGAUAUAGUCGAGUCGAGCCCGCCUCAAUGGGGUGUAGACAUAAAAUGCGGCAAAGGUACGGACUUCAGUUAUGGACCAUGGGCCGACAGGCAAAGGGAACACCUUUACAAAUUCUUCUACCCACAGGAUUACUUGCCGAUGGAGGUUACAAAACCGCCAAUACCGGGCGACAAACGCGAAAUGGAGUCUUUCGAUGUGAGGCUGCUCAUGCAAAACGAGGCCACCAUUGAUAUUUUGUUCACCAAAGAUAAAGAAACCAACGCGGUGCACGUUAACGUCGGCGCAGGAAGUUACCUCGAGGUGACCAUACCAUGGAUCACUAAGGAGGCCGGCUACACGACCAAAAUCAACGGCCAACUUUUGCAUCUGGAAGCGACCACAAGUCUUCAAUUCCGGGAAUUAGUCGAGAGCGAAACACUGGAGUUUUGCGUUCUCUGCCAUUACCCUUUAGUCUGGAAUGACCACCAGCUUUGGGAGGUCAGCCUGACCGGCUGCAAGGCCACGCUAAACCUUAUCUUCUACCACAAGUGGUUCUUUACCGAUUUGAUUAACGAGUGGGCGUCCAAGGCGCGUCCCGACCUGCUACACUUCGUACCCUACACGUGGCGUUUCGGGGUCACCCUUAGGCACUGCGAAUUGAUAACGAUGAUCAACCAAUACAACUGGAUCGAUUGCAGCAGCGUCGGUCAACGAAGCAAGUUGGAAAACACCGAGGUGGCGCUGUGCGCGCACUUUCUUCACAUGUCCUUCGACAUGCCCUUCGACGAGUUCCUACCGGAGACGGUGCCCGUGAAUUUAGCGAUCCAGGGAGAGAGUAUAGACUUGAGCCUGUUCAUACCCGAAUUCCACACCAGCCGAAACGUCGUGCUUUCGUUAGACAAACACGCUAAAGUGUUAUCAAAAGACGGAUCCACGACGAAAAAAACGGAACUCAUCCCGAAAUGGCGGAACGUGUGUCAGUCGGGCGCGGGCUGGGUGGAUUUCUGGUGGGUUCCCAUCGGUGCGAUCAACAUAACCUACGUGUACCAUCCCUGCCCGCCGUUGGGUCCCACGCCGCAAGCGGAUAUCUCCACGCCCGUCAAAGAGGAAAUAUUAUUGUCGCCGAUCAGGUUUCCCCAUCAUAGGAAAAAGAGAAAGUGCUCACCCGAAGGAGGCAAGAGGUUCGACCCUACUACCCUGAAGGCGGACACGGUCGCUGUGGAACUGGAGAUCGGGCCGUCAGUCUUGUUGCUUUACGGUACUGCACUGAAGAAUUUUAUGAAUUUCAAGGAAAAUGUAUUCGGCGAAGAUCAGGUCUUCACCGACAUGCAAGAGGCCCAGGUGGCGGAAACUGGCGGCGGAUCGGAUUUAAAAUCGGAAGAUAGUUCCGCUAACAUACCGCUCGAGUUGCGAGACGGUUUCGAUCAUCGCUACUAUAGACCGCUCGAGGUUGACGUUUCGAUUGUCAUGCACGACGUCCAAGGUCACCUUUUAAAGAAUUGUACCGAAAAAGACCCGCCGUGUCCCAUCAUACUAGUCGAAAGAUUCGGAUUCGAAAUGAAAAAGAGAUACGACCAGACGGAACUUCAACUGCUGUUGAGUCCCGCCGUCCUCCUCGUGUCCGACACUUUGCCCCGACCGUCGAAGGAAAAACACCUCAACCAAGGCAAAUUGACCUUGUCCUCCCUCCAAAUCAGAGGACACGCCAUGUUCUCCGACGUAGGCCAGUCGUUGGACCAGGACACCGUCGAGUACGCGUGGCUAGUGGAAAUCCAGCUGGGCAAGCUCAGCGGCAAAUUGACCACGCCGCAACUGUACUCGAUCAUGGCCAGUUUGGAGACGCUUUUCCUCUUGAUCCUCGAUUCGGAAAACGACUUAAACUCGCCGAAAGAGGACGCCGUGUUGAGUAGGCCGGUGGCCAAGAAGAAAACCCCACCCAUUUCGCAGAACGUCCACGUGCAGCACGUGCAGCAGGCGAUCCAGCAGCUGUUGCAGCCGAAGAACAGCGGCACCAGCUUGAUCGGCAAGGGCAGCGCGACCACGAGUAACAACGCGAAACAAAUCAGCCGGAAAAAAGAGGAGGAGAAAAAGGGCUCGGUCAGAGGUCAUCCGGCCGGCCAGGAAGAGGGCGUGGCCGCGUACAGCGAGCACAAGCUUAAGUACAAGCUGGUGCGGGUGGCCAUAGACGCGGUGGACUUUUGGUUGGUCGAGAGCGCGGCCGCUUUGCAGCUGUGGGUUUCUCCGAUACGUUUAGCCACUUGCAACUUGCACGGAAAACAAGUCAGCUCCGGUCUCAGUUGCAUUGUAUACAGCAUGUCUCUGCGUCAAUUAGUGUGGCACCCGCACAAAUACAACCAUAACAAACCAAACGACAACCCGGAUUUGUGGCUCGAAGUGGGCGCGGUCAAUUUCGGACCCGUUAUCCUCGAGUCGGCACUGUCGGCCGACCCGAAGGAUCAAAACAUGCACCAGAUCCAGCAAAAGUUUUUAAAGAUGCACGACGACAAGCUGAAAAAAUUGUGGUUUCUAUGGCCCGAACUCAACAAGACCACCGGCAAGUGCGGCUGCACCGGAGGGUGUACCUUCUUCGGCACCAAUAGGAACGGUGCGCGUUUCUUCAAACCGAGCCGCAAAGACAUAGAGGAGGGGCUUAACGUGGCCGCGUUUCGAGUAAACGAACCCGGCAAAGAUCCGGGUUACGGGCAGAGUAUCCUUCACGAGAAUAUGUUGGUGUUUCGAACCCCUCCCUACACAAUAAAAGAUAUAACUCUACAAGACACGUGGGGCAGGUCGAGACCGAAGAGAGCCGCCGAAAGUCCGAAGGUGACCACGCUCGAGAAGGAAAAGUUGACUACUAAGGACGCUCAGUUCGCCAGCCCGGUCGCGUUAGGCGACAGGAAGCCCAACAGAAGAUUCUCGUCGACUUCUAUGAAGAAUUCUGUCACCAAAGAAGUUCCGUAUUCGAGGCUGAUAGAAACCGCCCCUUCCACAUUGCCGACCAAGCUGGACAGUGACUCAAAAUUGCACGCGGACAGGGGAAGACUGAACGUGAUCGAAAGUUCCGAGCAGUUGCCGAAAAAUAGCAUCUCAGACUCCAAACUGGCGGUCGACUACUUCAAUUCGCCGAGAGGCGACUUUCAAGACGCGAACCGCAUAAGCGCAGAUGUGUCUGUCUCGCCCCCGAUGAUGUCUAAAUCGUUUAACGCGUCGGAGUCGCACCACUCUCUAGGUGGUAUCGUGCAGUCGGAGGAAAAACUGCUACACGAGGUCCAAAGGACGACUUCAAUAUCGAGCGAAAACCACUCGGAGGCGUUCUUCUCGGCCGACGAAGAUAUCAAUGUCAAUUCGCGGAGUUCGAGUUUGAAAAACUCGAUCUUGAACUCCGGCGACGGUUUUACCCGACAAGAAACGAGCAGCGGACCGCCGCAGAGAAAGAAGUUCUCGAGCGAGCUGAGCAUCGUUACCGAUCGAAACGCCCUCCAGAAUUCCAACAGGCAAGCGUCGGUCGCCGGCUCGGUUCCCGAGUCUAGCAAAAUGAAAUUAUCGACGCAUCGUAGCGAUCACGAGAUUCACACACCCGAGCACCGCAGUUUUAGCGCCAAUCGACAAUUCGACGACAAGCAGCGCACGAUACAAGGCCUCGUGACGCCGCAACGCAAUCCCAACUAUCGGUCGGUGAGUCCGCGUUUCGUUCCCAACACCCAGCCGUACUUCGAGACCAACGUCGGCGUCAACGACAGCCUAAACGACAGUUCGGACAGCUACAGCAACACCAGUUACGUGUCGGCCGUCGGCAGUCAGGAGGAUUUCACUCUAGUCGACCUCCACAUGCAGGUUAAUAGGUUGAUAGUCGAUUCACCGAUGCUGAUGUCGAGUUACGUGACACACCUUAGUCAAUUGAAGUGCCCGAAUUGGACCAACCAAGAUAAAGACGAUUCAUUCUCGGCCCCCAUGUUCGAGAGGAACGAGGACGGCAAACUCGUCUACGUGGGGGGUAGGUUCGUGCCCCAGAUGGAGCCCCUGAACGACGGCAUCACCUCGCUGAAAAUGGUGUCCAGAUCUGACUCGGGCAUUGGUUGCAAUAAGACUCCGACGUCGCCUUACGUCUACACUUGGGAUCAGGAGGAGGUCGAGAAUGAGUCGGGGUCGUUUCAGGAGGAGGAGCUGCUCAGCGUCCAAAGCGACGCAGGUUUCAGGACCGUCGUCGUAGUGAAGCUCAAGGGGGACCUGGACGUUAUGAUCAGUCCGCUGCUGUUGGAGUCUCUUCAGAGGUUCAUCGACUCUUUAACCCCCACCGUCGCGAACUUACAUCCGCUGACGGUGAUUAAUCACCUCCACACCUCUUGUAUCGGGCAGGUGCAGUCGGCCAACACUCUGAAGACCACCGAAAACGUAGCCAGACUGUGCCAGCCCAGCGACGAGACCGGCAGUGCCGUUACGGUUUAUGAGGAAACCAUCAAAACGCAGCUGCAAGCGUCAAUUUUUUUACCCAAAGUUAACGUCACGUUGCUCCAGCUGUCUAUAGUGGAGGAAAUCAUUUCGUUUUCCGCUUUGGACAACAUAAAAGAUUUGACAUGCGUUUCGUUGUUUUCCGUCUGUUUGGACAACGUGACGGCCAAGUUUCACUGCGACAAACAGGCUCGAGAGGUGCUCGAGAAGUUCCUCAGACCGUCCGUGGUACGCGCCAAAAACAAAGCCAACAGGGCGAAGAUACUUUUGGGGCUGCAGUCGAACACGAAUUCGGACGUCAUACAAGGCGAGCCGGUGUUCGUGGAAAGUUGCGAAAAUCAACAAGAACAACUGGUUGUCUGCCUCAAUGUGGGCAAAGCCCACGCUCAGCUCCGGCGGCUGCGCAACGAGAGCUCUUUACUCGACGACGCCGUCAUCACCGCCAUACCCACUUAUAAAUCGAAGGUGUCCUUUAUACCGACCAAGGUGAAGCCGAUGUACAGGGGCCUCGAGUAUUACCUUCAGCCUCCAGUGAAUGAAAUCGGGACCAACGAGCUAGACGAAAUCAAUACCGACGAUAAGCUGGGUUUCAUAAUGUUCGAAUGCGGCCUCGAAGGCAUAUCGCUUAAGGUGGUUAAAAAAUCAAAGUUCGAUCAGGGUGGAGCGGACGUGUCCGCAUCGGUCGAGGGUCCCGUUUUGGAAUCGGUGAAGUCUGUCGAAAAUUUAGAUGCUGCCCAAGCGACCUCCAGAGAAUCGAAAUCGACCCCAAAACAGGACGGUCACACCCCGAAAACGGAAAAGAAAAACAAGGACGACGUUCUGAACCAGCCGGACAAGGAGUCCAACGCGAAAGACAACGGCAAUGUGUCAUCGUGCGUCAUCGAGUUUAAGGUUAUCUGGUUUAAUUUUGCCGCCCCUCCUACCGCUCCCAUAACGAGAAAAAUCGAUUAUACGAGGCUCGACUGGAACCUGUUAAGCACCGCGUCUCCAUCUAUCAACGCGUGGAUGAACCCGAGCAAUCGACUCGCUAUCAGAGUCGUACAUAUGGUUAGGACCAUGUACAGGAGAUCGACCGCGACCGUAGCGUGUCUGAUGGCUGAGGCCAUGGAAGAACAGCACUUACACGCCCUGCCGAAGAGCCGAUACGGAAAGUUGACGCCGCUGUCUCAGACCCUCCAUGAAGAUCCUAGCCUGCAGCUGUGCACGAUACUGCGAAAAUACUACAUGAAGUGUGAUCCGAAUUACAUCGAUUUGAACCUGAGGGAGUCCGAAAUACCGCCUUUGUUCACCCUGAGACAAGGUAUAAUAGUAUUGAGUAGACAGUGGAAGAACACCCUGUACACUCCGCUAAUGCCGCAGCAAACGAUCAAGGCCCGUCUGAAGCCGGUGAACGUCACCAUUACCGUUCCCGAUAUCCAGGAGGAGGUCUGCCUGACCGACGGCGAGGCCAGCGGUAACGAAGAAAAUGACAUUACCGACGAACACGCUCGCUUACUUCACGCAGGCAUCAUACUUAGGCCCAACGCGCAUAGAAACUUGGUACCGUGUAUGACCUGCAAAGAUUUGUCCGCUCAAGCGUCGCCGAGGUUGGAAUACACGGAGCCCGGGCUACAGGCGUCGCAAGUCGCCGUCGUGUCCGGCGGGGUGGAGAACAUACUCGCCUCCCCGAGCCCGCCCGUUCCUAUGCGCAAACGCAAAAAGAGCAUUGUCCCCCCGCAGCCGGCUAAUAGCAGUCGUCCUAGUGUCGUCCUGCCCCUUUUGACUAACGCUAACCUUUUCACGACUAAACGCGUCAACGACGACAAUAUCUGUUACGGUACACUCCUCGAAGACAAAACUAUAAUCAACAUGGGUUCCGAUCCGAGCGACGUCAAUAGUCACUCGAGUCCCGACCUACCGUCCAGCCCCAUCCACAAAACCAUAGGUCACACGCAUUCGUCCGAGGACUUGUACAGUUGGAUGGCGAAACAGGACGCCGUCACCGCCAAUUUGGAAAGCGGUUUAGAAUCGAGGGUGGAUACCCUGCACACGGAGUCUUCAGGAGAGGGGGGCACCUUGCCCAAAGAGAACUACAACCCUCCCGAGAUACCUUUCCAUCCGGUGCAAGAGUCGGUCAAGCUGUUGGACGCGAAUCAGGUGUUUCAGCCGUUGCUGUCCGCUUUGGGAGUGAUGCCGCAACAGCUCAAAUUUACCACCAUGUCAGAUUCAAAUGCUGGUAAUGAAGUGACAACGUUGGACGCUCUCGGUUCCAAUCUUUGCCUAGUCGGUAACCUAGAGACCUUGCGUAUCGACAUCGUCGUCUCUGAGCACGGCAAAGUGGAAAAGAAAAAAGGCAAGAACAAGGGCAAACGCGGCCUCGUCAUCGAGGUGAAUCCCAACGGCGAAUCGCCGUCGUUCGUAUGCGAGAAAGUCAACGUCGAACUCGAAAUCGAUCGCAUGACAGAUAUGGCGGUAAACGAUUUGAUGCGUACGAAGAACGUGCUGUACAUAUCUCGCGGCCAACUGAAGAACCACACCAGCACGAUAAUAAACUUCACGAUCGGAGUGAGGUACAUACACCAGCGGGUGAACAUGCCGCUGCUGCGGCUGCUGCACCAGAUCAGCAACAUGUACCAGAACGUCAAAGACACUCAGAACGAGCUCAGGGAACAGCACCCUGCGGAAAUUAGACGUCCCAAAAGCGCCGACGUCCCCGCGAAGCACAUUUCGUCGAAUUCGGACUUGCUGCAAGACGUGCCAGUGUCUAUAGGCAACCAGUUGACAUUAAAAAUGUCCGAUCCUGGUUCGUACGCGUCCCAAGCGAAGCCCAUGAUAUCACCGAGCCCGAGUCUACGCUCGAGACCUCAGAGUUUUGCGCAGAAGCUAAGAUCGACGGGUAAAAACGUCAAAGGUUACGUUAACCUCAGCGAAGGAGGUGGGACGCCGAUAAGCGUGUCCACGCCCACCGGGUCGGCUUUCGAACGGAUCACCGUGUCCUCGGAUAAAAGUACCGGCAGGUGCUGGAAAACGCUGUACUACCUGCUCGAACUUUACGCUAAUAUGCCGGAUACCAAGACAAUUAAACACAGGUUUUCAAUCGGUACCAACGACAUCUCGGAGCACUACAAAGGUAACCGGAAGUACGAUAUUCUCACCGAAAUCAAGUCUAGCGAGGACAUAGACAAAGCCGAUGGUACUCCUCCCUUGUACAUCCACAGAGAUGGCAAUUCCUCGGCCGCUAGGGAGCACACCAAACUGGUCGUAUUCGGGGUAGCGAGGAUCCACAGGACUCGACUGCUAGCAACCCUCUCCGGUUUGAAGUUGGAAGCGGAAAUAACGAGUCUUCAUUCGAGCCUAACCGUUAAGAAGAAGUCGAUCCCUCAGAUGAUCGAGUGCUCCCUAACCGGUCAGAUCGGCAGGACGAUGAUCGUUUUGCUCGAGGGCGUGGCUCCCGGUUUACAAACGGUCGUAAAGGUCACCAUCGGAAAAUCGCAGGCGCUGUAUUCGUCAGUCACCAAACGUCAAAAAGAUAAAAAUUCCGGCUUGCUCACCAUCGGCGCGGUAAACAUCGAUAUUCCUCAACAUCCCGUGGCUUUGCACGGAAUGGUCACCAGAGGGAGUAAGCAGCUAAGCUCCACUUUGCAAGAGCUGAGGGUGCAGAGGGCUUCAAGCAGGAUGUCCAGGGGCGUUCAGGCGGAAGACGACCAGCAGAAUUCGCCCAACCACCCAGCGAAACACAUACCCCCCGUCGAAACGACGUUCGUGAAGAGCUCGACCGGCGAGAAAGGUCUAUUGAAGCCACUCGUCAUGCAGUUUUCGGUCAUACUACAGAGUUUAAGCAUCACAGCGGCGUUGCUGCCUAGUCUGCAAGCGCAGUACAAAAUGGACCAGGUGAACAGCACGGGGUUCACCGGCAACAAAGCCAAGUUUACCAUUGAUUUGCCGCUUCAUUCGUUAAGUUUCACCACUAAAUUGCCUCAGGGUUAUAACCAGAACGAAAAAGCGGAAGCGAACUUGCCUUCCGAGGCGAGCAUUUCAUUGCCGGCAGUCCACGUAUCCGCCGAGUAUAUCCCGGAAAGCAUGGCGACCAGUUUGAGGACCGACCUGCCCAAAGGCCCUGAAGGCGUGGUAUUCCGCCAGGGGGGCUACCUGAACGCGAACGCGGACAUAGGCGUAUUUGAGCACAGCCUUACCACCGACUUGCUCAAUCACUUGGUGUUCGUGCAGAAAGUGUUCAUGAAAGAGGUGAACGAGGUGGUUCAGAAGGUCUACGGCGGCGAAAGACCAGUGCCGAUUUGGUUGGAGGAGUCGGAGGAGCCGUCAAUGCUGAACAAGUUGCUCUUUUCAUUAGUGAUUAAGAUGCAACGGAUCCAAUUAACCGCUACUACAGCGGGUAGUUCGGCGGUAAGGCUGGAAACGGGAGCUGUAGUGCUAGAACUAUCCAACAGGGUGCAGAACGUGUCUGGAUCGGCUCAGAGCAACGCGACUGCUAGACUUUUCGGCAAGGCUCAGGUCGACUUGAACCUCUCCUUGGGUCAGAUCAUUAGGAACGCGGUCUUCGAAGAGGCGGACACCGAAUAUCAACACGUGGCCUUCUUCAAUACCAGGAUAAGUCUUAGGAAUGCCUUUCAGGACGAAAUCAUCGAAGGCGAAGAUAAGGAGGUGGUCCUAAUCACCCUAAAGCGGCCGCUUAUCUAUAUUCAGCCGGUGGCAGUGGAUAAAGCGAUCUUGGUAUGGUUGAAUUACAAAAACGCGUAUGACUACUGGAACGAGAAAAGGGCGAACCUCAGCAAGGAGAUGAAAGAGGAGAAGUUUCAGUUUGGCCAGUUGACGAGUCAGCUGAGCGCCCCCCAUCUUGGAACGCUGUUCCUGCAAUUGACCGUCGAAGAUAUGGGCAUAUGCCUGCCGCUAAAUCCCUUACCUAUCACUUGGAACGCGAGGAGCGUGUACGAGGAGUGUCGCGGGGCGGUGGUGAUAACCUUGGAGAAUACCAGCAUUUCGGCGUGUAGUUCAGGCUCGCUGGUCAGUAAAGGGAAGUUCUCAAAUCUGUGUCUUCGAUUUGCGGAAGAUUUCGAGAACUCCCUUGACGAUUGGAAACCGGACAUGACGGAUACGUCGAUAAUGAACUUGUGCGUCGUCACUGAAGGAACAUACGAAGUUUGCAGUCGCACGUUAGCCGCCAAACCACCUAACGAAAACGCGAAAUGGUUAUUAAACGUACAGUGGCAAAUGGAAGGGGUCGAUAUCCACUUGGACACUAACGUCGGCAAGCAACUAUCGGCCCUGGGUCACACGUUGACCAUGUUAACGGGGGCGGAGGAGACGGGCAUCCCGUUCGAUUAUGACAGCGACGAGAACGAGCACACCGACGGCACCCGAGCCUCCCAAGAGAGCAUCUUACCGUCUUUCAUGUUCGAUCCGUCGCUGGACAACAAAAGUCGUUCGAAGCUGAUCGAGAAGGAAAUGAACGAGCAAGCGAAGAUCAUAAACGACCUGAGGUCGUUGGGCGCUUCGCACGGCACCAUCGAGCUGGAGAUGAAGAGGCUGCACGAGCUCGAAACGAUGGUCUACAAGGAUUUUAGAAGGGAUAUGAUCCAGAAACUGAGACGGCAAAGUAUGCGGGCAUCUUCGAUCAAGGGCAAGUUUGGUUUGGGAUCGAAAAACAGCACGUUCAGGUCUAAAUCGUUCGUCGCGCCCAGUCCGAUGCCAGAAGACCAAGGUAGUCCGGGUAGCGCGAAAAUAGACACCAACACGGGCAGCUACGACAGCUCACCGAGGUCGGGUCCGUCGAGGUCGGCGUCGUUGAGGGUGAAAACUGUCGACGCGGGACCGAGGGUGACCUUUAGCGACACCCAGACCAUGUACAGGCAAAAAUCGCUUCCGAGCGCCAGCUCCGAAAUAAGUUUGCCGGAAACGCAUUUGGGCGAUUGGGUGGACCAGCUCGAUAUAGACGGCGAGAAGGUGACUUUGAGGAAAAAGUUGCCCGCUUCUUACGAGUCGGUCGAAGGGUCAUUAAUAUUGGACAGCUUGGAUAUGGAUCAAGGUUUCGUGCCUAGUCCGCUGCAGUCGAACGCUGGUAAUUUGUCUCAGUCGACGAUGACGCAGAAAUGUCAAGAGCCAAACGUCGACUUGGAGCUCGACGUGAAAGUGUUCAUAAAUAGCGGCAAAUGCGUGUUGCACACCAAGGACCAAGUUCAAGAAGACUUAAAAAUUAGUCGAAUGAGGAAGGACCGCAGUUGUUCCGCCGCGGGCCUCCUAGAGUAUUCCAGCUCGUCGAGUCCCGACCCGGUGCGUAAAAACAAAGAAAAAUUGACCUCUCAAUCGAGCUCGUCAAAAUUGAGGACCACGCCUCACGGCGCGCUAGUCGACCUCACCAUUUUCCAUAUACCAGGGAUGGACGUAAAACUGCAGUACCAGUCGAAGGUCAUAAUGGAGGACGCGGCGCCCGACCACUUCGAUAAGGCGUUCCAGUCGACUAUGAAGACGCCGUUCAACGGUUCCGAACAAAAUCGCAUCGAUUUAGCAUUCAAGAGGCAGGACGGCCAGGAUUUCAAGUCGCACAGCCUCAAUUCCGACAUUUUGCGCAGUUCCUCGUCGAUGCACGGCAUAACCAACCCGAACUACGGCCACAGCCCCACCUGUAGCCUGGACAAUUUUCAGUUCGGUAGCUACACUCCACCAGACGAAGAUUCAUUUCGCACGUUUACCGGCGGGAACGCCUCUUUCGGAACGUCAAAGAAACAGGGCAUUAAGCGCGCAUCCCUGUUCGCGUGGAUGACAUUGCAAAGCGUGCCGGAGGAGACCAUCAUUAGUCCGCACAUUUUGGAGUUUCUCGAACAGACGUUGGAACCGAUACCGAUGAAGACCAUUAACACGACGGACACGUCGUUGCUAUCGUCGGACCAAGACAUCAACUACGGGAACUACGUCUACGCUAGCUUCCCGGUGGACGUCAUAGUUUAUUUCCACAUGCAACCGAGUACUUUCAGGUUCAGCUGCCUGCCGGUGUCUAGGGUCGAGUGCCUCCUCCAGCUGCCGUCGCUCGAUAUAGUGUUCAGUUCAAAAAGGGCCGAGGAUGAACUUUUCUCCAGUGAAUUUGGUGAUGGGGCACCAAACACUGCCGCAACCGCAGUCGGCGGUUUAAGCGUGACCGGUUGCCUAUCGGACUUUUCCGUGUACAUUUUCCAUCCGUAUGGCGGCAAAAAGUCCGCCCUUAAAGAAGCCCAGUGGUCGCCACUGUCCGACAGCGAGCGCAAAGAUUCGUUAUCGAUCAACGUCGAGUUCGUCAAGUUUCACCUCUCGCGUUCGAGAAUGUUGAAUUUCAAACAGGAGACGACCAAAGGCGUCAAGGGUGCCGAUCAGAGCCGAGCCGUCAUCAGGUUUUCAACUAUCAUCGAUAUCGGUUCCGCGUCAUUUAAAUACGACAUGCGACGUCUGACGGAGAUACUGGCGUUUCCGAAGGCGUGGUACAGGCGGUCCAUUGUCCGUCGUAUGUUCCUCGGGGAUCUGAGCAUGUCGGCAAUGUAUAGCGAGGACGAGGACGUCACAUCGAGCGGUGCAUCGCCAGGAACGUCCAGAAAUCACGACAGAUCGUCCGCGACGCCCCUGUUGGGGUCGGCCCGGUCGCGUAAUAACGAUCCGGAUCAUUCCAACCACAGGCGCACGAGGCUGAGAGACGUCGACCGAGGAUUCAGCUCGGAAUCGAACAACGACGAACAGCUCAGCUCGUCCGAUCACAAGAGCUUAACCGCGUGGGAGACCUUGGUACUAUUCGCCGUCAAUUUCAAGAAACUGAACGUGCACAUGAACAUGGGCAACGUCAUGGGCAACGUAGCGUGGAUGACUAAAGAUUUCCGCAGCGACGGACGCCUCAGUAUAGGCUCGACGGGUCACAAGAACCUCUACAUAGCGUUCGGUCUGGGCGGCUCCAGUCUGGACGCCAAGGGCGGCAUUGUGGGAGGCAACAUAGAAAUCGCUAACAUAGACACCUACGUUCAUAUCAGGGAGGAGCCGGAAGUGGAGCCGCACCACACCGUCGGUCUGAGGCUGAGGGCGCUCGAGUUGAGGUUAGAUUACAUGGCGACGUCGGUGUUGAUGUGCCGCGUGAGCGAUUUGAAAGUGACGCUGAGGGACUUGUGGCAGAUCAACAGGCCCGCGGCGAGAGACUCGCUACCGACCAAAAGGCCGGCUAGUAUUUUCGUGCGCGGCGAACUGAAUUGGGACCAGCUCCAGAUGAUGAUUUCGAAGUCGACCACGGCCGACUUACUGAAGAUGUUCAACAAACUAGACGAGUUCUUUUCUCAGCAGUUCAAUAGCAGCAAGAGGGCGUUCAGCGGCUUUUCUGGAUCCCGGCCAGCGAGGAUGCCCACGCAGAAAAGUCGCGAGUCGGCAGCGGCCGCGCAAGCCACUCAAACCCAAGGACCGCCCCCCGACGCUCGCCACCACCGUCACUGGCAGAAGGUGCUCGCCCAAGUGGCCGGUCUACAGCUGAGCACGAUGCACGUACCCCUGCCAGCGUCGGGAACCGUGUUGGGCGGUUCGAUGGAAUUGAGCGGCAACAACGUCUCGUUGGCCUGUUUCCACGGUAUCAAUUUCAAAAGCAAGAGCUGGGCCCUGUUUAGCUUGAGGGAGCCGUGCAUCACGUUUAACACGGAAGGUCAAGAGAUACCGUCCACUAGUGCAGAUGGAAGACCCGCGCAGGACGUUCACGUGGUGCAGACUCUGAUCUGCAGUUUGGGGUUGCAUUCGUUGAGGCACUUGUCGAUGGCGACGGUGUGCAAGAUGACGAGGACCGUGGUGUUCCCGCCCCAGUUCAAAACCCUACAGGAAUGGUUCCACUACGCUUUCGCCAAUAGCCAAAUUGACGAAGUGGACAAGUUUCCGUCGUUGGAGAGAGAAAAGUUAGAAGGGAGCAACUCAAUCGAGCGAACGCGCGGUAGCAUCUCUACCCCUAAACUGGCCGACCCAAAUCAUACGAGGGAGAUUAUUUUCGCACUGCCCGGAUUGCAAAUCCAUUUGAAGACGGAACACUUGCAAACCGCCAACACCCCGGAUCUUAACGAAGAGAAACCCGUCAUAGAAUGCAGUUUCAUAGUGGAAUUUGAAGAUCACAUUUUCGUCACCGUCGACGCGGAAGCGUUCUUCUUCUUGCACGACCUGAUUACGUCCUACUUGCAGGAAAAGGAGAGGGUGCUUAGCGGGUUCGAUAAGCGCGGCAACGCCGACCAGGAUAAAUUUAAAUCGGCCCUUACCGACGGCGCGUCCAAAAAAGGUUCGAUAGAGGGCGACAUAUUCGCCAAGGACUGGCGAAACUACAACUGCAAGACGUGGCAUUUGGAACCGACCGUCAGACUGUUGAGCGUUGCCGGAAAGUACAUCGAACCGUACGGCAUCGAUUACAUUCUGCAAAAAUUAGGAUUCUCCCACGCGAGAACCACCAUUCCCAAGUGGCUCCAAAGGGGUUUCAUGGACCCGAUCGACGCCAUCUUGGCAGUGUUGACAUUGCGGGUGGUACAGGUAGUCAAGGGAGACGGUAAUAAAGAGAAGGAAAAGGGUGAUAAGUAGGUUGCUGGGGCUUUGCAACAAAAGUCGUAGAUAUUAGCUGCGAAACGCAUUUAGGGUAGAUGUUGCGUCAUCAACAAAUGUAAUCCACAUCUCAAAUUACCCUCUUUUGUAUUGUAUUAAUGGUGGUGUGUACAGGCAGCUUUCUUUUUGUGAUUUCCUAGUGGCUAUGGAACGAUAUUAUUAGAAGUUUAUAGGCAAUGCAAACAUAUUUUAAUUACAGUAGGAUCGCGAUAAUCGAGAUUUUACCAUAUGUACAUGUAGACUGAACGUAGAGCACAGUAUCGAAUCUGUCGUAAGGUAAUUAUGAUGAA